UCUCACCGAGGUUUUUCGAGAUUAAGCAUUUAGGUAAGUGAUUUUGACCCUAAUCCUUCAUUACCCCAUUAUUAUUAUUCCCUAAUCUUGGCAUAAGUUUCUUGUUUUUGAUUUUAAAGGAAUAGAAAGUUUCUCUUGAAUUUGAGUUUCAAGGGUUUGAACUUUUAAAGUUGAUUUCAACCGAUGUCUCAUCCAAAGUUCUUCCAAAUCAUUUGUUCCUUGGAUGAAUUAUGCCGUCUUAGGAUUCCAGUAGUAUUUGCAGAGAGACACUGCAAGGACAUGUUAAAUCCUGUGUUUCUUCAGGCUCCUUAUGGAAAAGCAUGGGAGGUCGAAGUGGAACAUUCUCAAGGACAAAUUUGGCUGGUAAAAGGAUGGAAGGAAUUCAGUGACUACUACGCAAUAAGCAUCAGGCAAUUUUUGAUAUUUGGAUACAAUGCUCGUGAUCAUUUUGAUGUCACUAUAUUUGAUAUGAGUACAACAGAAAUUGAAUAUCCAAUAGAAGAUAUUGAAUCAGAUGAUUCUAUGGAUAUGUUGGAUCAUUUUGCUGAAAAUCUGAGCCAUGGCCCCUUAGUAGAGAAGAGAAGAAGAAAAAGACAAGAAGGGGAAGAAGAGGAUGAUAGUCGAGUGAACCUUCAGACUAAUGCUAAUGUAAUUGAGGAAGAAGAGGAAGAUAUUCCAAUUAACCUUCAAACUAAUGCUAACGCACUUGAGGAGGAAGAGUCUCAAGGUGAGUAUUAUCCUUAA